CUCGUCUUCCUGAUAAAAAUGAAGCAUCUCAAAAGUUAGGUAUUGGAUUUUAACUAUUGUUUUUUCUGCAAAUGGUCCGCACAAAAUGAGCUGGACGUUUGGUGUUCUUCGCCGAUUCGGUUUGGAUGCCAUCAUCAAAAUUGACCUUUUAAAUGGAAUAAUAUAAAAGAAAAAUUGAUCGGUAUUAGUCAAAUUCAUUUGGAAUUUUGAAGGAAAAAAACGAGAUAACAAGGUUUGAUUUCACAUUCCCGGGAGCUUGGGGGGCAUGGAGGAGACUUUUUUGAGCCACACUGUAGCCAAUUCUGCGUACUUAAAUGGUGAAAAUGGAAGCACAAUAAUAAUCUGGAAUUCAUUAAAAAUCCAGGUGAUAGAAUGUGACUGCUAACGACCGGGUAUAUCGGGAAACGCUGGAAUGCAUAGGGCUUUCCGACAUGUUUUGAGCCGUCAGAUUCGCAGGCCGUCGGCUAUCUUGCGCGCCAGCUUCUCCUGCGUUAUACAACGCAGGGCAGGUUGUCCGGAUCCGAUCGUAAAGCUUACCUGAGAGCCGUUUCCGCGUGAUUUUGUUGUCGUCGAAGCUUUGCUGUUUCCGCGUGAUUCGUUGUCGUGGAGCUCCAUCGUUUAUUUCGCGAGGACAGCUGGAAGACGGAGAGAAAUGGAGGGCAGUGCGCAGGGGCGGAAAUAAUAAGCAUUGUGGCCUGGCUACGUGUAUGUAUUCCACUUGUCGAAAAUUGCAGUAACCGAGGUGCAGGAACAAUGAGAAGGCCUCUGGUUCGAGCCUCGUCAGGGUCAGGAUGGGGCAGACUUGCAUUAAUUUUGAGUAUUUUGAGUUUGGCCGCGGCACAGAGCAGCACAAACACGUCUUCCGUCCCCGCAGUGACAAUUCUGUUGAACUGUGGAGCGCGGGAGAGCAAGAAUGACGCAGGCGGGCGGCUAUGGGAGGGAGACGAGGAGUCCAAAUUUGCCCCGGCGGCAGUGGCCAAUCUGGUGUCGGCAGUCGCCUCGUGGCAGGAUCCCGCGCUUCCAUCGACUGUGCCCUACAUGAAUGCACGCAUUUUCACGGCUCCGGCGACCUAUUCCUUUGCCGUUUCCCCUGGUAGGUACUGGCUCAGGCUCCAUUUUUAUCCUGCAAAUUAUAGCCAGUCAUACCAGCGCUCCGACGCUCUCUUCACCGUCGUCUCCGAUCGCUACACCCUACUACACAACUUCAGCACUUCGCAGACGGCAGAUGCUCUCAUUCAGGCAUAUCUCGUCCGCGAAUUCUCCCUCAAUGUAUCGAGCGAUCGCCUGAACGUGACCUUCUCGCCUGAAAGGAAGUCAGGUUACGCUUUUAUUAAUGGAAUUGAGGUCGUUCCCAUGCCUGAUAUGUUCAGUACCGCGCCUCUGGUAGGAACCGCAGGGACUUUUACGAUCAGCUCGUCCACGGUUCUACAAACCAUGAACAGGCUCAACGUGGGAGGGCAGUACAUUCCGCCGACCGAGGACUCCAACCUCAGUCGCACCUGGUAUGACGAUUCGCCGUAUAUCUACGGAGCGGCAUAUGGCAUAACCAACGACAAUGGCUCUCAUAACCUGGACUAUAGGUUGAUCCCGCAAUACACAGCUCCGGUUAAGGUUUAUACGACCUUCAGAUCCAUGACGUCUGAUCCAAAAGUCAAUGUUCUCUUCAAUUUGACGUGGAUGUUUUAUGUCGACGCCAAUUUCACCUACUUGGUGCGGCUGCAUUUCUGCGAGUGGAUCUACCCUUUGGUUAACCAGAGGGUUUUUAAUAUUUAUCUCAAUAAUCAGACGGCUCAGGGUACCUUUGAUGUGAUUGGAACAGGGGCAGGGUUGGGAAAUCCUGUAUACAAGGAUUAUGCUAUUUAUGUCCCGGCGGAGAAAGGCGAUUCUACUUUAUUUGUAGCAUUGCAACCAGAUACUACCGCAAACCCUCCACCGCAACAUUACGACUCCAUCUUGAAUGGACUGGAGCUGUUCAAGCUCAAUGAUAGUGCAGGGAAUCUGGCAGGCCCAAAUCCGGUGGCAAAUAUUGAUAACCAGGGAUCUGAUACUGUAGUAAAUACUCCCUCAAGCUCUCACAACAGCAGCAGCAAGGGUCCAGUGAUUGGGGCUGUGGCUGGAGGGGUUGCUGUGUUGGGUCUCAUUAUUGCUCUAUUUUGUUUUGUGCGUCGGCGCCGUGGUAGUUCAUCAGGUGGUGACAAGCCCUCUGGAUGGUUACCUCUACCACUUUAUGGGGGCAACUCACAUACCAUGGGAAGCAAACUUUCCAUAGCAUCUGGAAAGAGUGGCACUGGUAGCUAUGUCUCAUCUGCACCUUCCAGUUUUUGCAGGCAUUUCACCUUUGCAGAGAUCCAGGAGGCUACUAAAAACUUUGAUGAAUCUCGGAUUCUUGGUGUUGGAGGUUUUGGCAAAGUUUAUGAAGGUGAAGUUGAUGGUGGUACCAAGGUUGCAGUUAAGCGAGGUAACCCAUUAGCAGAACAAGGCAUCCAUGAAUUUCAAACAGAAAUAGAAAUGCUUUCUAAACUGAGGCAUCGACAUUUGGUUUCUCUUAUUGGUUAUUGUGAAGAAAAUUGUGAGAUGAUUUUGGUUUAUGAUUACAUGGCAAAGGGACCACUGAGAGGACACAUAUAUGGGAAUAGCAAUUUGAAUCCUUUGUCCUGGAAACAGAGAUUAGAGAUUUGUAUUGGAGCUGCUCGUGGUCUUCAUUAUCUUCACACAGGGGCUGCUCAGACAAUUAUACAUCGGGAUGUAAAGACUACAAACAUACUUCUUGAUGAAAACCUAGUUGCAAAAGUUUCAGAUUUUGGAUUAUCAAAAACUGGACCAACUCUUGACCAUACUCAUGUUAGCACUGUAGUGAAAGGCAGCUUUGGAUACCUGGACCCAGAAUACUAUCGCAGGCAGCAGCUCACAGAGAAAUCAGAUGUUUAUUCAUUUGGUGUUGUGUUGUUUGAGGUAUUGUGUGCACGACCAGCUAUUAACCCUUCACUUCCAAGAGAACAAGUAAGCAUUGCUGAAUGGGCUUUGCAUUAUCAGAGAAAGGGAAUGCUGGAGGAGAUCAUUGAUCCACAUCUGAAAGGUAAAAUUAAUCCUGAGUCCCUUAAGAAGUAUGGAGAGGCUGCUGAGAAAUGCCUUGCUGAGCAAGGUGUUGAUAGGCCAGCUAUGGGAGACAUACUUUGGAAUCUAGAAUUUGCUUUGCAGCUGCAAGAGACUGCAAUGGAGAAUAAAGUGAUGGAUGACAGUACAGCUGACCUUAUUCAAAUGUCUCCUGAUUACAACCAUGUAAACAACUUGGCCACUUAUGCUGCUGUAGAUAACAGCACUUCAACAAGCACGGGGGGGCAUAGUUUGGCUAGUGUUGAUCUGGAUGAUUUAACUCCAAGUGCCGUCUUUUCACAGCUGGUGAAUCCACAAGGGAGAUGAUCAAGUUGGCAAUAGGAAUAUCAUGUUUCUGUAUGUUGUAAUUACUGCAGCCAACAAUUUCCACAGAUUGCAGUGAUAGUCAGGUAAAUGAAUUUUUUAGGUUGAUUUUAUUUUGUUGCCUAUAAAGUGCAUAAUGCUGUCAUUCACUUUAUUCUAUUUUUACCGGCACUGCUUGCCAAUUUCAUACCAUAUUUUUACAAUAUUCUGGCUCCUUUUUGGACAUCUAUGUUGUGGUAUGGGCAUCUUUUAUUCUUCAAAGGUCUAAAAUUUGCCAGUGUGAGGAAAGCAUUUGUCUGCUGGUAAGGAAGCAGGCCUUAUCUCAAAAUACAGGGCUCAAUUUGCUUCAAAAAUUUGGAGUAUAUGUACAGAUAGGGCAGUUCUGCUCUUAUAAUCAUGUACCUCUGAGUAUUCUUAUAAUCUUGUGCCUCUGAGUAUUCUUCUC